GCCAUGAGUCGGCUGAACGACAUGGCACCCGAGUCCGAGGAGGUGUGGAUGAUGGGGGUACCUAACAAGUUCCUGUUCAGACCACAGACUCGUGAGUUCGAGGGAAUGUGUCUGGCCGAGUUUGCGUCGGACUAUAGGGUAAUCUACGGACGGCACGCUCAACGCAACAGUGCGAUUGCCCUCCGCGACAACAAAGGUUACAUUGCCAAGAGGACAGCAGGAAGAGAAGCAGUCAUCCGAUUUGUGCGUUUCUCAGAGACCAAAACACCAGAGAAGCACUUCAGGCGGCUUCUGAAGCUGUACCUGCCACACCAAUCAGACCACCAGCUCAGCGACGGAGGUCGCACCACGUACGAAGACUUCUAUAAAUUUCAUCCUGGUGUGAAGCGCAUCGUGGACAAUAACAAGAAGCGGUACGAGGAAAAAGGCGCAGGCAUGGACAAGGCACUCAAACGCGUCGAGGAAGGUCCAGUCCUCAACGCUUGGAACUCCUUUGCACCCGAAGUUGAGGUUGACCGACAGGAGUGUCUUAACCUGCAACAAACUAUCACAGAGGACAACGAAGAGGACGCCGUCCCGGACUUUGACGUUGGCUUACCAGCUCCCAGGAUCGAGGUGCCUCGGUUGAGUCCGGACUUUGACCGGAAGAUGUUUCAGAGUGUGAACGAGACCCAGGCAUGCAUCUUCUACGCUGUGCGGCACUCUUUCCUCAAGCUUCCUAGGUCCUUGGAGCCGCCAUACCAGGGCCUUGGCAAUGCACUUGACGAACUUCGAGCAUCAUUGUCUUCCGUUGAGAUUCUCAUCAUCGACGAAAUUUCCAUGGUUUCCAAGAAGCUGUUUGCCUACGUCAACUGGCGUUUCCAGCAGCUGAAGGGAAACCGCAGACCUUUCGGCGGCGUUUCCAUUCUUGCAGUCGGCGACUUUUACCAGCUACCACCGCUGGGCAGGGCCAAGCCGCUCUGCGUCUAUGAAGAUACGGAGUUCGAUCUCUGGAGAGAUCACUUUUCCAUUGUCAACCUUACGGAAAUCAUGCGGCAGAAAGAUGACCGCGCUUUUGCCGAACUCCUCAACCGACUGCGAGUCAAGCGCAAGGAGGAUCCUUUGAGUCUCGCGGACCGAGAAUUACUCUUACAGGCUGUCUCGAAUGGUAAGGACCUUCGAGGAGAAACGCUCCAUGUAUUUGCCACGAACAAGCAGGUGGACAGUCACAACGCAGACACUGUGAGUUCCCUGCUUGAACAACAGAUCACCAUCGUGGCACAAGAUUUUCGAAAGGACGUUACGACAGGAAGGAAGGUCCCCGUGCAAAAUGUCACCGGCACAAAAACAGAUUUGCCUGACAGCAUAGUGGCUGGUGAAGGAGCACGCAUCAUGUUGAUCAGGAAUGUCAACGUAGAAGAUGGACUCGUCAACGGGACAUUCGGGACCAUCUUCACCAUGGUGACUGAGAACCAUGAUCCCAAAGCCGUGAGACUUCUUGGUCUCCGGCCGGACAACCCCACAGCAGGACAGACUCUGCGAAAGAAGCUGCUGGGCCCCACGGACGACUUGGUCUACAUCGAGAGAUCCGAGGAGAGCUUCGGUCGCAAAGGCAGAGUAGUUAGAUGCCAGUUCCCCAUCAAGCUGGCUUUUGCGUGUACGGCCCACAAAGUGCAAGGCAUGACGGUGACGUCGGCUGUGGUGAGCCUGAAACGCGUGUUUCAGCCAGGCAUGGCAUACGUUGCACUCAGCCGCACCACAUCUCUUCAAGGUCUUACCAUCACAGACUUUGAUGAAAAGAAUAUCUACGUGGACCCCACCAUCACCACAGCUUUGCGGGACAUGCGCAGCGCCAGUUUCCAGGGCGUUACUCCCCUGCUGAACUUUGGGAAGUUGACUGACCGACCUCGCAACACCGUGACAGUCAUCCACCACAAUACUCAAGGGCUUCCAUCUCACAUUGUGGACCUAAGGGUGCAUCACGAACUCAGGUUGGCAGAUGUGCUAUGUCUUACCGAGACGCAUCUGUCAGGGCCCCCUGUAUCUCCAUCCUUUCAUCUGGAAGGAUACACCAUGUCUGAACGUAGCAGACCGGAAUCUUAUGAUUCAGGUUCAGACAUGGCAGCAAAGGCAGGUGGUGGAGUGGCUAUAUAUUACAAAAACACGUUGACUGCAGAGGCUCCAAGAUAGACGCAUGUCAUGGGUUUGGAGUGUUUGGCCUUCAAAGUUGAGGCGCCAGUCAAAAUGCUUGUAGCGACUGUCUAUAAACCCCCAAAUUAUGCUUUGCUAAGGUUUUUGCCAAGCCUCAACACCCUCAUGAAUCACCAACCCAUUGUUGUUUGUGGUGACUUCAAUGAAGACCUCCUUUCCAGAGGUCACAAAAGCAUCAGAGAUGCAUUUCUGUCCAGAGGCUACACGCAAUUGGUUCAUGAGUCUACCACAGACAAGAACACUCUGAUUGAUCACAUCUAUAUUUCUCAGCCAGAAAAAUGUGUUCAGUCAGGUGUUCUCCAAAGUUACUAAUAGUUAUCACAGUCCCAUCUACUGUAUUUUGACUGACUGAAGCGUCACAAACCACCCAACACACGGCCUGUAUAUAGUUCAAAGGGGUAAGUAUGAUUUUCCCUGGCCCCUUUGCGGUUGACCGGGACCCCGAGUUAGGCAGCAUCCAGAGACAUAGACCUUGGUGCUCUAAUCCUCAGCAACUGAGGAAUAUUACCUCUCUGUUGGGUAAGUAACCUCAGUUAAUGUGAGAAUUUAAGAGGCUCUCACCAAGGGCACACUGGAGAGACUGUCUCUCUCAGAUCGACUGGAAACACCAUGAGAUCCCCCAGGAAGAGCUAGAUGACGUUGCCAGGUAUAACAUGUCUCAGGUAAGAACACACCAUACAAUUUUCUGCUUGUUUCCCAUGUAAUGUGCUCAGUUAGUUUUAUCUCAGACUACAGAAUGAAGACUCCAGUCCACAAAGCGUUUGGAGAGCCGAAAUCCAUAGAGAACCCACCUGGACAGUCCCUACGUAAUCUCUGACAUCGAUGAUUACAACGUAGUUCACUCGCAAGAACCACCACCCCACCCCCAACCCCCUUUCCCAGACAUCCACUCCUCUGGAACAUCUCCAGAACCUGCCUACAAACAUGUCUCGGAAUUCAGACUCCACUUUCUGUCAUCAAGUGACCAGUGAUGCUGCAAUGUCGGCCGAUGGCCUGGUCCUGGUCCGGUAACGGUUGUAGCUCGAUAUCUGCUUCACAGCUAUGAGGACAGAUGUUUCAGAAAAAGAACACUCACUACUCCCAAACAAAAUUCACUCUUCAGUUGAAACCUUCACAGAUUUCUUGUUUUUUUUUUCCCCCUACACAAUGUUGUUCUGGGUUUUUUUCCCAUGCUUGCGGGUUAUGUUUUAACAAAAAUGUGAUCAAAAUAAGAUUUAUGUAUAUAUGUUGAAAGUUGUUAAAAUUAAAAUGUAUGUGUAUCUGGAAA